AACUUGCUUUCAUUUUAAACCUUACUGUGAUUUCUGAAGAACUUUCAAUAUUUAUUCUAAAUGGAUGACUUCAUUUGAACAUGGUAGUAGAAUUCCUAAUCCUUCCUUGGACCAAUUCUGCAUCUGCUGUAAUUGAAAAAAUAUAAAAAUGGUCAUGCUUGUGAGAAAGGAAGGAGAGGAAUCACUGAAAAUUCAGUGAUGGGUUUGAGGAAUCUGUAAGUAUUUUGACCUUGCUCAAAAUGUGCAAAGAAGAAUAAUGGAAGCCCCUGAAUACCUUGAUUUGGAUGAAAUUGACUUCAGCGAUGACAUAUCUGAUAAUAGGAAUCCAGGGAACAGAAUGCAAAGGCUUGGACUCGGGUCAGGAGAAAAGGGAGAUACACUGGGCUUUGGUUCUGAUAGGGCCAAAAUGACAAUAGUCGUUGCCCUGGGAGCUGGCCAUUGUCUUGAGAAUCAGUACUCAGUCACAUCACUCAAGACCAUCCCAGAACUGUGCCGAAGAUGUGAUUCGCAAAACGAAGACAGAUCAGUUUCUAGCUCUAGCUGGAAUUGCAGUGUCUCAACUCUUAUUACAAACACGCAAAAGCCCACAGGAAUCGCUGACGUGUACAGUAAGUUCCGCCCCGUGAAGCGAGUUUCCCCACUGAAACAUCAGCCAGAGACGCUGGACAACAAUGAGAGUGAUGACCAAAAGAACCAGAAGGCAGAGUGCCAGAAAGGGGGUGAUACGGACGCAGACCCCCAGCCUGAAGAGCUCAGCCCCAGAGAUAGAGAGGGCGGCCCCCAGAGUAAGACCACGGAGCCCAGUGCGCUGCUGGGCGAACUGGAGCAUUAUGACCUCGACAUGGAUGAGAUUCUGGAUGUGCCUUACAUUAAAUCCAGCCAGCAGCUUGCCCCUUUUACCAAGGUGACUUCGGAAAAAAGAAUUUUGGGUCUAUGCACAACCAUCAAUGGCCUUUCUGGCAAAGUCUGCUCCACAGGAAGUGCCGAGAACUCACCGUCCAACAUGACACCGUUCUGUGUGCUUUCUCCCGUGAGAAGCCCUCACUUGAGAAAAGCGGCCUCCGUCCUCCGAGACCAGCAGAAGCUCUCCACCGAAGACGCCGAGAGCUCACCUCCACUGGGUAAAUGUGGCUCCGCCUAUGAGCCCGAAAACCCCACUAAGGAAUUCCUAAACAAGACCUUUAGUGAUGCUCAUAGUCGAAAAGUGGAGAAGCCCCCGGCAGACCGCCAGCUCAGGGCCUUCCCCCUGCCGUCCUCAGCAACAGAGCCCAAACUAGAAGAGCAGAUCAGUGGCCUGAACUGGACCAGCUCCCAAGGCCCAGAAGAAAGGAGUGAGUAUCUGAAAAAAGUAAAAAGCAUCUUGAACAUCGUUAAAGAAGGACAGAUAUCUCUCCUGCCACACCUAGCUGCCGACAACCUAGACAAAAUUCACGACGAAGGUGGAAACAAUCUCCUGCACAUCGCCGCCUCGCAGGGCCACGCGGAGUGUCUGCAGCACCUCACCUCCCUGAUGGGGGAGGAUUGCCUCAGCGAGCGGAAUGCUGAGAAGCUGACCCCCGCGGGCCUGGCCAUCAAGAACGGCCAGUUGGAGUGUGUGCGCUGGAUGGUGAGCGAGACGGAAGCCAUUGCAGAGCUGAGUUGUUCUAAGGAUUCUCCGAGCCUGAUCCAUUACGCGGGUGGCUUCGGCCAGGAAAAGAUUCUGCUGUGGCUUCUUCAGUUUAUGCAAGAACAGGGCAUCUCGCUGGACGAAGUGGACCAGGAUGGCAACAGUGCGGUUCACGUGGCCUCACAGCACGGCUACCUUGGGUGCAUACAGACCUUGGUUGAAUAUGGAGCGAAUGUCACCAUGCAGAACCACGCAGGGGACAAGCCCUCCCAGAGCGCCGAGCGCCAUGGGCACACCCUGUGCUCCCGGUACCUGGUGGUGGUGGAGACCUGCAUGUCCCUGGCCUCUCAGGUGGUGAAGUUAACCAAGCAGCUGAAGGAACAGACAGUAGAACGCGUCACACUACAGAACCAGCUGCAACAACUCCUAGAAGCCCAGAAAUCAGAGGGCAAGUCACUCCUGUCUUCACCCAGUUCGCCGUGCUCCCCGGCUUCCAGGAAGUCCCAGUGGAAAUCCCCAGACGCGGACGAAGAGUCUGUAGCCAGAAGCAGAGCGGGAACCCAAGACGGGAUGCAGGUCCUGGGAAGCCUGUCAGCAUCUGGCCGGGCCAGGGCUAAAGCAAAAGAUGAAGAUUCUGAUAGAAUCCUUCGCCAGUUGUUGGGGAAGGAUAUCUCCGAGAACGUCUGCACCCAGGAAAAGCUGUCCUUGGAGUUCCAGGAUCCUCAGGCAUCCUCUAGAAAGUCCAAGACCCCUCCGGAGAAGAGGGAGCUGAAGCUCGCCCGGCUGAGGCAGCUGAUGCAGCGGUCACUGAGCGAGUCCGACACGGACUCCAACCCCUCUGAGGACCCCAAGAGCACCCCCGUGAGGAAGGCUGAGCGGCCCAGGCCGCAGCCCAUCGUGGAAACGGCGGAGACCAUGGACAGUGCAGAAAGCUUACACUUGAUGAUCAAGAAACACACCUUGGCAUCAGGACGUAGGUUUCCUUUCGGUAUCAAGGCCUCCAAAUCUCUGGAUGGCCAUAGCCCCUCUCCCUCCUCAGAGAGCAGCGAGCCAGACUUGGAAUCCCAGAGUCCAGGCUCAGGGACUACUCCCCCAAACCAGCCCUCUGGAGACCCCACUCAGCCCAGCCCUGACAGCACGGCUGCCCAGAAAGUGGCCACAAGUCCCAAGAGUGCCCUCAAGUCUCCAUCUUCCAAGCGCCGGACAUCUCAGAACUUGAAACUCAGAGUUACCUUUGAGGAGCCUGUGGUGCAGAUGGAGCAAUCGGGCCUUGAACUCGAUGGAGAGAAGGACAGAGAUAAGGGCAGGGCCCUCCAGCGGACCUCCGCGAGUAGCGAGUCAGGGGAUCAACUAAAAAGGCCUUUCGGGACUUUCCGAUCCAUCAUGGAGACACUCAGUGGCAACCAGAACAAUAACAAUAACUAUCAGGCGGUCAGCCAGCUGAAGACCUCCACACUGCCCUUAACCUCACUCGGAAGGAGGACGACAGACACCAAGGGAAAUCCCAUGAGCUCUGCUAGCAAAGGAAAGAAUAAGGUGGAGAUGUCCAGCAGCUGCAUCAACCUUCCCUCUAACCCGCUGACUGAAGAGCCUCUGCGUAGCCGUGCACGGCAUAAUGACAUCAAUAGAAAAAUGAAGAAAUCCUACAGCAUAAAGCACAUGGCUGAGCCAGAGUCAAAAGAACUCUUCUUGUAAAUCACUUUUUUACUCUCUCUUAUUGCUGCCCUUUGGACACCAUUGGAAACUGGACUCCUUGGAAAUAGAACCCUGGGAACAAUGCCUCACCAGCAGAACGGAAUAUCAGGAUGCCUUAAAUUUAUAGUAGUAAACUAUCUAAGACACAUUUGGGGGUGAUAUUUGUAUAUAUAACUUGUGUUUAAAGAAAUGCUGUUUAAAAGCGUGACGGAGCAAAUGUAUGUUUUGAAGAUUGGAUUGAUCCGACCUACCCACAGACACUCACCAAGCCUUUGACACUGUUCUGUACAUCAGUUGCAUGAGUGUUUGCCAAUGUGGAUUGAACUCCUCUUUCCCCAUAAUAUGAGCAGUUUGGGCUUGGCAUCUCCAUGAGACCAGGCCAGUGGUAUCGCUUUUCUGUCAUUUCUACUUUUUGUAUAAAGGAAAUAAAACAAUGUUAACAGCCA